AUGACGGCGAGAAUAGAGCCUAUCCCACCGCCAUUCUUCUCACCUUACCUCGACGAUCAAUGCAACAAGAUCAAUUCCAAGCCAGUCCCAUGGGAGGGCUAUCAGCGGGCAAAGCUACUAUCUGCCGAUGAGCUCAACCUUUUGAAAUCGCUCGCCAAAAUUCCCACCGCACAACGCCCGACCGUCUACGCCUCAUCGGGAGCGCAAUAUGCCAGAUUAUACAUUGACCUCCUGAGAAAACUUCAAAGAGUGGACACCGUCCAGGCUGUACUCGUCUCAAUCAAUGACAUGCUGGUAUCGGAUCCAUCCAGCACCAUCCCACUGUUCCACAGCCUGGCGACAAAGGAGAACCCUGAUGAUCCAUAUGCUCCCAUCGUCAAAUGUCUCGCGAUGGAGGAAGAGUUCGUCAUCUUGACCAGCUUGAAGAUUCUAGGAGUCCUUAUUGCAACCGACUCCCGCGAGUUCCCGUAUAACCUCACUGGCACACUGUUAGCAUCCCUGCAGGGCUUGCUGAAUGGUUCCCGGAUCCCGUUAUGGGAAGUCGCUGCACAGGUCUUGAGCGCAGUACUUGGUACCAAGCAGUUCCGUCUGGCAGUAUGGGAGGAGGAGCAGUGCAUCUCGGGACUCGUCAAAAUGCUCAAGACCACAUCGAAUCCUCAGAAUCAAUACUGGGCUGUUUCCUGCCUGUGGCAGUUGAGCUUUGAGCGGAUUGCCGCAGAGGGAAUGAAUAAGCGAUACGAUAUUGUCGCCCUCCUCACUGGUGUUGCCAAGGCAGCUGUGAAGGAAAAGGUUCUCCGAGUCAUCAUCUCCACUUUCAGGAAUCUCUUGACUAUUGCGCCGUCACAGAGCCUUCCAUCUUUCUUCACCUCGAAAGUGUUGCAAUUCGUCAUCACGCUUCAAGACCGGAAAUGGUCAGAUGAGGAUAUUCCCGAGGACUUAUCGUACCUCAAAUCGGAACUCUCAGCCCGGUUGGAGAACCUCACGACGUACGACGAAUUGAUCUCGGAGCUCGACAGUGGACACUUGGUCUGGGGUCCGGUCCAUGAGAGUGAAGAUUUCUGGAAGGAGAACGCCAUGCGUAUAGGUCAAGAGUCGGGCGGCAAAGCCGUCAAACGCCUCGUGGAGCUUCUCAAAAAUAGUCGUGAGCCUGUGGUGCUCGCAGUCGCGGCCCAUGAUCUAGGCUUCUACAUCCGAUACGGGGGCGACAAGGCGAAACAGAUCGUCACCGACUUAGGAGGCAAGACGCGGGUGAUGGAAUUGAUGACGAGUCAGGAUCCCGAUACUCGGUAUCAAGCAUUGAUGUGUACCCAACUGCUCAUGAGUCAACAUGUCUAG